GCACGGGUAUAUAAGGACGGGUGUCUGCGUUCCAGAAGACACAGAAACACACGUCGUCAGCAGCAAAUACAGCGGCACAAGAAGAAGAAGCUUCUCUUGAAACACCUGCUAUUCUCGUUUCGAUUUUGAAAAAAGAAAAAACAUGUCAAUCAAUCGAUCGGCGCUGUUCACCUUAUGUCUGCUGGUAGUGACCGCUUGUCUGGCCGAGCCCAUCCGUGAGAAACGAUCACCGGAUGGACAUGGACAUCAUGACCACGGUCACGAUCACGGACACGAUCACGGACACGGCGGUGGCGCUCCCAUUCACACACCCGAUGUAGGUGCAUCGGCUUACGGUGGUCCAGUGGCCGUCCCGUCUUACGACGCCCAACCGGCCCAGCAACAUCACGACCAUCAGCAUCACGACGCUCAAGCGGCCGCUCCGUCUUACGACGCUCAACCGGCUGCUCCUUCUUACGACGCUCCUCAACAGCCGUCCUACGACGCUCCUCAGUCUUACGAAGCUCAAGCGGCGCCAUCUUACAGCCCCCCGGCUCCUGAAUAUUCCCCACCAGCCCCUCAGGCUUACGAAGCUCAAGCAGCGCCAUCUUACAGCCCUCCGGCUCCUGAGUACAGCCCACCAGCUCCGUCUUACUCCGCACCAGCACCUCAGGCGUACGACGCUCCGGCUGCUCCUUCCUACUCCGCACCAGCUCCUCAGGCGUACGAAGCUCCUGCUUACUCUCCUCCGGCUCCAGCUUAUAGCCCUCCGGCUCCAGCUUAUAGCCCUCCGGCUCCUGCUUAUAGCCCUCCGGCUCCAGCUUAUAGCCCUCCGGCUCCUGCUUACUCUCCUCCGGCUCCUGCUUACUCUCCUCCGGCUCCUGCUUACUCUCCUCCGGCUCCUGCCUAUUCGCCACCGGCUCCUUCCUACACCCAAGCCGCCCCCGUUUACACACCACCCGUUCAGUCGUACUCCCCACCGGUUCAAUCGUAUUCCCCACCUGUGCAAUCUUACUCGCCUCCGGCACAGUCUUACGGAGCUCCUCAACAGUCUUACGGAGCACCGAGACCCAGUUACGGAGCCCCUAAGGCACCCAAGAAGCCAAAGGGCAGCUACGGACCGCCUCAGCAAUCUUACGGAGCCCCGCAAGCCACUUACGGAGCACCUAUUCAAUCUUACGCUCCUCCUCAACCGUCUUACGCUCCUCCUCAACCCUCGUACGCUCCUCCUCAACCUUCUUAUUCACCACCGCAACCAUCGUACGCUCCACCGCAGCCGUCUUACGCCGCCCCUCAGCCUUCCUACGGAGCUCCUAAACCCUCUUACGGUGCGCCGAGGCCCAGUUACGGAGCACCCAAGGCUCCUAAGAAGCCCAAGUCGAGCUACGGACCUCCUCAGCAAUCUUACGGGGCUCCUCAGCCGGCUUAUCACGCUCCCGCUCCUGCUUACGCUCCUCCUCAGCCCAUCUACAGCCCGCAGCCCGUUCAGCAGCAAGGUUACGGCCGUUAAACAUGCACGAGCGUGAGUUCGCUGGUUGAUUCACGCUAAUGCAGCAGCUGACGAUGAUUACUCACCUUUACACACACAGCACUUCUCCGACUUUGUUUUGUUUUCAAAUUUCUUUUAGUUUUCUCACGCUGCAGUCAUUCUUCUUUAACUAUCGCCAGUAUAUCUUAUAUUUACCACCAAUACCAAAAAAAAAAACAAGGAUUUAUAAUAAUUUUGAAUUUUUUUUAAAACAUCAACUUUUCAUCAAGUUUAAUUAUACCCGGUCACCUUCCUUUUGUUUCCCCCCUCACCUUUGUUUGAAUUCCUUCAUUCUUUUGCAGAUGAUUCAUUUUUUUUUCUUCUAUAAACGAUUGAAAUUGUUUUAGACAACAUGUCGGAUGUCCCCCGCUCAGAUUGAAAUAUUUUGCCUCUCAACAUCGUCUGUUGUGUAUGACUAUUUUUUGCAAUCAAAAGGAAAUGAAAACAGAAAUACAUCUAAAAGGUAUUCAAGCA